AUGUUCAAUUUAGCUAAAUCUAUUACAAAUUAUAAUCAAUUAGUAUAUAAAAAUAAGUAUUUAGUUUCUAAAUUAGUUUCUAAAAUGGAGGCUAUGACUUUUUACGAAGUUUUAGAAAUACCUUCUACUGCAAAUAUGGCUUAAAUUAAAAAAGCCUACAUCAAAAAAGCAAAAGAAUGGCAUCCAGAUUAAAAUUCUGAUAAACCUGACGCAGCAGAAGUUUUUAAAGUUGUAACAAAAGCUUAUGAAACGUUGAAAGAUCCUACUAAAAGAUAGAUAUAUGAUUUAGGAAGUAUUAAUCCAAACUUUAAUUAAUCUGCUACUGAUGAAGAUUUUUCGAAAUAUUAUGAUGAGGAAAGUAAUCGCUAGCGCAGACCUUAUUGGCAAAAUAAAUGGUAUGGCUUUAAAAAACCUACAAAUGAGGAAGAUCUUAGGGAUAGGUAUUAAGACUUUGCUAAAUAUUAAAAAGAAGAUUAAGAAUGGGCUUGGAAAUCUAUAAUCUUAAAGUUAUCAAUCAUUGGAGGAGUUUUUGUGGCAUUUGAUAUUUUAAGAUAUUAUAAAUAGUAAAAACAUAAAGAAUUGAUAAAUUUAAAGAAAGAAAUAUUAACGUCUCAAUUUAAAGAUGAAUCAAAGGAAAUUGAUAAUGGAUUAACUCUUAAUGAUUAUAUACAUAUACGUUUAAAUUAAAUUGAAGAAGAGGAGUCUGGAUUUGAAGAAGCCCAAUGA